GAAAAUAGGUCAGUAGAGUUAGGUUUGAGGGUUCAGGGAUUGCGUUCGGCCAAUCUGAGCCUAACUUUUCCAAAACCUAACUUGAUCUAUUCACAGUUACGCUAACCUAUUGUAACCUAAGUAUAGCGCCUGGUGGGUAGGCUGUCCACAUGAACAUCAAAGCGCCCCCCCCCCCUGCGCCCUUCCCCACCCGAAGAGAGGCAGGCAGAGCCUAGAUGAAAAACGAUUAGAAGAAAAAAGCUUAGAUGAGAAGUGACGGCAGUCAGUUUAGAAGAAAAAAGGUUUGAUGAAAAGUGACCGCUUAGAUGAAAACGGAAAGUUUUCACCUUAGAAGAGAAAUGACUGGUUUAGAUGAAUACAGCUUAGACGAACUGGGGCGCACCCACGAGCGGGCCGCGGGCCGCAGCGUCGGCGGCGUGGGCAGCGGCAGUGGCGCCCGGGCUGUGUCCCGGCGGCCGCCGCGCCCGCUGCCGCUGCUGCAGCAGCACCGGCGGCGGCAACAAGGGACGCCGGUGGAGGCGCUGUUUGGUCUCUCAUCCAUUCGCAACAAUUUUCCGAGUGCCAGUCUUAGUUGGGCGGCACGCAGCGGCACGCCACUCGCGUUGGGAGAGCAGCUCGCGGGUCCACGGUGUGCUGCGCGGCUCGGCGCCGACCCCUCUCCGACCCCGACCCUGACCUAGACCCAGGCAGCAGCAGCCCCUCCCGCCAUGGCCUCAACCAGCGGCUGGACGGUGGUGUUGGCGGCGUGCUUCGCGGUGACUCCGGGGGCGACCCUGCUUACUCCCCGGGCCGUCGCGGGUUCAGUUCCGGCCGGCCCUCCCGGAGGCCGGGGAGGGAGCCCCCUCACUUCCGCAGCCGCCCCUCAGGGGCCCCAGGCCAGGCUCAGCGUCGUGGACUGGAACGCCUACGAUGAACGGGAUACCGAUGGGCCGGGGACAUACAGCUUCGGGUACGAGAUCGAGGACCCCUCCUCCGGCAACACGCAGUUCCGGCAGGAGGAGCGCUUCGCCAACGGCACGGUGGUGGGCAGCUACGGCCUGGUGGAGCCCGACGGCAACGUGCGCGUCGUCUCGUACGUGGCGGACGCGCUGGGCUACCGCGUGCGCAUCGAGAACAGCCUGAGGAAAAGCGAGAAUUUCCCGAGGACGACGACAACGACGACGACAACGUCGACGGGCAGGCCUCGACGGCCAGAAUGGUCGACGUCCGAUCGUCUGCUGGGAGGCACUGUUCCUCAAGCCUCAGCUGUGGAAGUCUUCAGGCGGCAGCAGCAGCAACUCGAGCAGCUGCCACCACUGCAGUGGGCCGUCCAGUCACUCCAGGAUGGCCGUAGAGCACCGGUCCAGGAGCAGAGACUGCGUCCUGCCAGCGCCCCGCGUCGUUACGCAUCUGAGAUGGAAAUGGAGUACGUGGCGCAGCAGCAGCAGCAGCAACAACAACAACAACAGCAGCAGCAACAACAACAGCAACAAUACCUUCAGGAGCAACAGCAGCUGCAACAGAAGCGCCUUCAACAACAGCAGUAUCACCUUCAGGAACAGCAGCAGCAGCGACAGCAACAGCAACAACGCCUAGAUAGGGGGGUGGGCCAGGUGUACGCACCCGUCGAGCAGCAGCAACAGUAUGGCCUGUCGUCAAUGCCCGUGCAGUACGAGGACGUGUCAAACAGUCUGGCGCCCGAGGCGCAGUAUUACCGGCGAGAGGAGGCAGUAGACAACAGGAGGUCGAGCGGCGAGUGGAGCUCAAAGCCGAUCGUAGUGCGGAGGCAACUUCCACCGAUUCCGCUCCUAGACAAGCUUAUCUACCAAUAGCAGGUCACUCGGCUCACGGCACUGACCUCCCCACCCCACGCUAUCUUGUAAAUUAUUCAUUAUUUAUUUAAAUUAAAUUAAUUUAACAUCCUACACCUGCUACACACACUUUUAUAAUUUGUAAAACGAAACGACAUCAGACCAUCAUCUAAUGUGAUCAUGUAGAUCUCCAGGACGUGAUAAAUAAACUAUGUUGGCUAUGA